CCAUGUUGGUGAACUGAAAAAGCAUAAUUACAUUGCAGAAUGCUGCUACUGGUUUUGUGCACCUUGCUGCUGUUUGGAGUGGUGUUCCCGGACACAACAAUCACCAUCCACAACGAGUGGCUCUCUCAGGGUGGACGGGUCCAUUAUGAAGUUGAAAGAUGGAACAAACACAAUGGGUUCACCCACUCGAACCUAAUUCAAAAGUGUAAAUCUAUCGGAACGGCUGCCGGGCGUUGGAUUCACGUAGACCUGAGCAAUAAUCUGUUUGCAAAUUGGCAUCAAAGCCCUAGUCACCAUGGCUACCCAGACCCCGCCUAUCUCCAGGACCAUUCACUCCAGUCGAGGACAUGGGCGUCGUAUAUGAUACAACUUAAUAGCUACGGGAAUGUCAUUGACAACAUGGUCUGGGAAUUGAAAGAUCUGACGUGGCCCGACUGGAUGGAUAAGUCUCAUCAUCAAGGUACAUUCCCAAACAACCUUGAUGCUGCAUCCGAGUUUGUGUCGCUGAUGGUCCAGAGUGCCAAGGACUACACAGGCGGACGCAUUCCCCACAUAUUUGAAGUAAUCAAUGAACCUGAUUGGGUGGAGAAGAUUAUUGACCCACAAACGAAUAUAGACUUCCACAAAGUCGUCGCCCAAAAGCUCAAAUCAAGAUUUGGAAUGAAAGUUGCCGGACCUACGUACACCAGUAUGGCCUUAAGAAAAUCUGACGAAAAUGACUUCAGCAACUGGAAAAGAACUGCAAAGUUUAUGGACAUGUCUCUUGAUCACUUGGACUUUUUCUCUUUCCAUGCCUACAACUACCUGCGUGUAUCGGGUGGAAGUCACACCGUCUUUGGCAUCAACGAAGCUCGCCUGGUUGCAUCAAUUGACAUGGUGGAGAAUUACUCUCAUCUCAAGAAAGGAAAAAAUGUACCAUUAAUUAUCAGUGAAUUUGGAAGAGGCAACGUGUUUGGAGUUUCCUCCAAUUUUACAAAUGGAAUGACAGACUUUGAAACCAUUUAUCAACCAAACGGCUUCAUGUUUACUUUCCUUAACUUGAGAGAGUUUAUUGAAAGAGCCAUAGUGUUUCUCCUCUCAAAUAAUGAUAAAAACCUUCGAAGUUCCUUGUUCACCAAGGAUGGUCAUCCGCUUCAAAUGACGAAAUUCUUCACGUUUUGGCAAAAUUUUAUUUAUGAUCAAAAGUUUCUCCGAGUCUCAAGUCAAUACAGUGGACAAGAAAGAAUGGUUGUGCCACUUGCCCUGGCAAACCCUCACACCAAAGAGAUGGUAGUUCUUCUACACAACUAUGGCAGUAAAUGGCAGAAUGUUAAACUUGACUUCCCCAGCAGCUGGAUCAACCCUUCUACAGGUGAUGAAACAUGUAUUCUGUUCGAACAUGGUAAUCCAGCUGUUCAUCCCAAUAAGCAUUUCAACAUGUCUAAGCCUUAUGGCACUGUUGGUCUCCCUGGGUCAUCCACCUGCUUCUACAAGUUUAAAACCAACUACAACUUUCCCAGAAUACGCACAAACAACCAGAACACAUACUAUGGCAAGGACAUGAUCAUCCCCAUCAGCAACGGACAUGCGCAGACCACCAUCCAUCUCCCCAGCUCUGGAUACCAUACCUCACAUCUUAGAGUAGGUGUUAGCCGAGACAAGAACGCCAAUACAAAGCCCCACAAAGUUGUGUUCAAUGGCCAGACGCUAUCUUCAAGCUACAUGUUGUUUGAUGCUAUGAAGGUUGAGGGGACAACAAAAUGGAACGUGUGGGAAUACAUGGUCCCUGCAUCACAGGUCAAAACAACAAACACCAUCAGCAUGACCUUUGAUGGAAAUGGUGGCCACGUGACAUCGGUUGCACUCGUUGUUGGAAAACUUCAGUAGAUAAAAUUCUCUUUAAGAAUA